AAUUUAUGUAAGAUUGAACAGGAUUCAAUUCAAAAUUCUAAGCCUUUAUAAAAUCCUAUAAAAUUGGAGAGUGAUUUGUUAAAAUGUGAAGAGCAUAUAGUUCACAACUCUUGAUAAUAAUCACUUCUAUGAGCUUGUUCUCCUGAAGUGAGGACCACAAACAUUCAUAUUCAAGCUUCAAAAAUGGACUACUUUUCGAACUCAAUCGGUGAAUUUUCAUGGAUUUGUUUGAAGAAUUUUGAUUUCAGUUCUUUAUGUUCUCAGAGAAGCUUAAUAGACAUUAUCAAUAUACUCUUUCUAUGUGUCUACUACUUAUCUUUGAUUAUCACAUUCAUCAGAAAAAGUUCUACGAACGAAAGCCAAAGAAAAUGCUGGAUUUUCCUUGUUGUUUCAAUCUGUUGUGGUGUUAUUAGCAUUGCGUUUUUCGGUAUUGGAUUGUGGAAUCUUGUAGCUGAAGUUGAUGACUCUGAGCAAAUGAAAUGGUUAACUUGCGUUGUAAGAGGAAUCAUUUGGAUUUCUUUUUCUGUUUCUUUGAUUGUUCAGAGAGUUAAAGGGAUAAGACUAUUAAACUCUAUAUGGUGGCUAUCUUCUUCUGUAUUGGUUUCAGUUCUCAACAUUGAAAUUCUGUUACAAAAUCAUGCAGUUGAAACUUUUGAUAUUGUACAGUGGCUUGUGCAUUUUCUUCUUCUAUAUUGUGCCUUCAAAAAUCUAAGUUAUUUAGGAAAUAAUAGUGUCCAAGAAGCUUUAUCUGAGCCACUAUUAGCGCAAAAAGUCGAAACAAAACAAACCGGACUAGGUCAUGCUACUUUUCUCAGUAAGUUGAUUUUCUCUUGGAUUAAUUCGUUACUCGGUUUAGGUUACUCAAAGCCACUAGAUCUUGAAGAGAUUCCUUCUCUUGUUUCUGAAGACGACGCAAACAUGGCUUAUCAAAAAUUUGUGCAUGCUUGGGAAUCACUUGUUAGAGAGAGGACUAAGAAUAAUACAAAGAGUUUGGUUCUUUGGUCUAUAGUUAGAACUUACUUAAAAGAAAAUAUACUAAUAGCGUUUUAUGGAUUAAUCAGAACGAUUUCUGUUGUAGUUUCGCCUCUAAUACUCUAUGCUUUUGUUAACUACUCAUAUAGAACUGAGGCAGAUCUUAGAAAAGGUCUUUCCAUAGUUGGUAUUUUGAUUGUCACCAAAGUGUGUGAGUCUUUGUUUCAAAGACAUUGGUUUUUUAACUCAAGGAGGUCAGGAAUGAAAAUGAGAUCAGCUCUGAUGGUAGCAGUUUAUCGAAAGCAGCUCAAGCUUUCAAGCUCGGCGAGGGCGCGACACUCGGCUGGGGAAAUUGUGAAUUACAUUGCUGUUGAUGCUUAUAGAAUGGGGGAAUUUCCAUGGUGGUUUCAUAUAGCAUGGACUUCUGCAUUGCAGCUUGUUCUUUCUAUCGGUAUCCUUUUCGGCGUUGUUGGUAUCGGUGCUCUUCCCGGUUUGGUCCCUCUUCUUAUAUGUGGAUUUCUCAAUGUACCAUUUGCAAGGAUCCUACAAAAUUGUCAGUCGCAGUUUAUGAUUGCACAAGACGAACGUCUUCGAACUACUUCGGAGAUUCUAAAUAGUAUGAAGAUCAUUAAGUUACAAUCAUGGGAAGAGAAAUUCAAGAACUUAGUCGAGUCUCUACGUGAUAGAGAGUUCAUAUGGCUGUCUAAGGUGCAGAUCUUGAAUGCUUUUAGUUCAUUUCUAUAUUGGAUGUCUCCUACAGUUGUUUCUGCUGUUGUGUUCCUUGGAUGUGCUGUUACCAAGAGUGCACCAUUGAAUGCUGAAACUAUUUUCACAGUUCUUGCAACAUUGAGGAACAUGGGAGAUCCUGUUAAAAUGGUCCCACAGGCUCUAUCCAUUAUGAUUCAAGUUAAGGUUUCCUUCGAUCGUCUUAAUAACUUUUUGCUUGAUGAAGAACUAAACAAUGAUGAUAGUGAAAGGAAGCAUAAGCAAUGGUUGGUUAAUGCUGUGGAAAUUCAAGAUGGAAACUUCAUUUGGGAUCAUGGAUCUGCGUCUCCAACUUUAGUAGAUGUGAAUUUAGAAAUCAAAUGGAGACAUAAAAUUGCAGUUUGUGGACCAGUUGGAGCUGGAAAAUCAUCGCUUUUGUAUGCCAUACUAGGAGAGAUACCUAAGAUCUCUGGAACUGUUAAUGUAGGUGGCACUCUUGCAUAUGUUUCCCAAUCUGCAUGGAUCCAAAGUGGAACGGUUCGAGAUAAUAUACUCUUUGGCAAGCCAAUGGACAAAACAAGAUAUGAGAAAGCAAUCAAAGCUUGUGCCUUAGAUAAGGAUAUCAAUGAUUUUAGCCAUGGCGAUCUUACAGAAAUUGGUCAGAGAGGGAUUAACAUGAGUGGAGGACAAAAGCAAAGGAUUCAACUAGCUAGAGCAGUCUACAACGAUGCUGAUAUCUAUCUUCUUGAUGAUCCUUUCAGUGCAGUUGAUGCACAUACAGCUGCAAUACUAUUCAAUGACUGUGUCAUGACUGCUCUAAGAGAGAAAACGGUCAUUCUUGUUACUCAUCAAGUGGAGUUUCUAUCAGAAGUUGAUACUAUCUUGGUAAUGGAGGGUGGAAAAGUUAUUCAAUCAGGUAGUUAUGAGAAUCUCUUGACAUCAGGAACGGCCUUUGAACUACUUGUGAGUGCUCAUAAUGAUACAAUUACAGAGUUGAAUCAAGAUAAUGAAAAUAAAAGAGGUUCUGAAAUUGAGGUUUUGUCGUCUAAUCCUCAAGACUCUAAUGUUGGAGAUAUUUCUAGUCCAAUUGGGGCACAGCUUACACAAGAGGAAGAAAAAAUGGUUGGUAAUGUUGGAUGGAAGCCAUUCUGGGAUUAUAUUACAUAUUCCAAAGGGACACUCAUGUUGUGUUUCAUCAUGUUAGUACAAUCUGCUUUUCUGGCUUUCCAAACUGCAUCAACCUUUUGGCUCGCUAUAGCCAUUGAAAUUCCAAAAGUAACCAAUGCCACCUUGAUCGGAGUUUAUGCAUUAAUUUCUUUUGCUAGUACCGCUUUUGUAUUUGCAAGGUCUUACUUGACUGCACUUCUUGGACUAAAAGCUUCUACUGCUUUCUUCUCAAGCUUCACUACAGCUAUCUUCAAUGCUCCAAUGCUUUUCUUUGAUUCAACGCCCGUGGGAAGGAUUUUAACCAGAGCUUCAUCUGAUUUGAGUAUUUUGGACUUCGAUAUACCUCCUUCCAUCACCUUUGUAGCAUCUGUAGCAAUUGAAGUUUUGGUGGUUAUUUCAAUAAUGGCUUCAAUCACAUGGCAAGUUCUCAUUGUUGCUGUUCCUGCAAUGGUUGCAUCAAUAUACUUUCAGCAAUAUUAUCAAGCCACUGCAAGGGAACUGAUACGGAUCAACGGAACAACCAAAGCUCCAGUCAUGAAUUUUGCAGCCGAGACAUCACUUGGAGUGGUCACUGUAAGAGCAUACAGCAUGGUGGACAGAUUUUUCCAAAACUACUUAACACUUGUGAACACAGAUGCUUCAUUGUUCUUUCAUUCCAAUGCUGCAAUGGAAUGGGUAGUUUUAAGGAUUGAAGCACUUCAAAGUUUGACUGUCAUCACUGCAUCUUUGUUGAUCAUUCUACUUCCUCACGGAUACGUAUCCCCAGGGCUUGUGGGAGUGUCUCUUUCCUAUGCUUUUAGCUUGACAGAAGCUCAAAUAUUUUGGAGUAGAUGGUUUUCCAACUUAUCUAACUAUAUUGUCUCCGUUGAAAGAAUCAAGCAAUUCAUUUAUAUACCAGCAGAGCCUCCUGCUAUUGUGGAUAGUAACCGGCCGCCAUCUUCAUGGCCUUCGAAGGGCAAGAUUGAUCUUCAAGGCUUAGAGAUUAGAUACCGUCCUAAUGCUCCAUUAGUCCUCAAGGGAAUCACUUGUACAUUUAAAGAAGGGAGUAGGGUAGGAGUUGUUGGAAGGACUGGAAGUGGAAAAAGUACACUUAUAAGUGCUUUGUUCCGCUUAGUUGAGCCUUCACGAGGUGAUAUUCUUAUUGAUGGGAUGAACAUCUGCUCAAUGGGGUUGAAGGAUUUGAGAAUGAGGCUAAGCAUAAUCCCUCAAGAACCAACUCUUUUCAAAGGCAGCAUUAGGACAAAUCUGGAUCCUCUAGGCCUGUACUCUGAUGACGAAAUAUGGAAGGCUGUGGAAAAAUGUCAGCUUAAGGAAACAAUCAGCAAGCUACCAAGUCUCUUGGACUCUUCAGUGAGCGAUGAAGGUGGAAACUGGAGCUUGGGACAAAGACAAUUGUUUUGUCUUGGAAGAGUUCUACUUAAGAGAAACCGAAUUCUUGUUCUGGACGAAGCUACGGCCUCCAUUGACUCUGCUACAGAUGCCAUUCUACAAAGAGUAAUUAGACAAGAAUUUGCAGAAUGCACAGUUAUAACGGUUGCUCAUAGAGUUCCAACUGUAAUAGACAGUGACAUGGUCAUGGUCCUCUCUUAUGGGAAAGUGGUGGAAUAUGAUGAGCCUUCAAAGCUAAUGGACACCAACUCUUCAUUCUCUAAGCUGGUAGCUGAAUAUUGGUCCAGCUGCAAGAAGAAUUCAUUCCCAAAUAUUAGUAGGCAGCAACAAUGAGUAAUGGAUUUAUGGAAAAUAAAAAUUAUAAAUAAGCUGAAGAAAAAUGGUUCACAUCCAAGUAUAUAUAAAAUAAAUCUAUUAGACCCUAAACAGGUAUUGUGGAGAUGUUGCUCAGCAGAUUCAUUCAGGACUAUUCUUGCUGCAUAAGAAACUUGUCCAAAACUCUUAUCUUGUGUAAGGACAAUCAUUAUCAAAGACAAAAUUAGAUUCUUUAAGGAGGUUGUAUAAAUAUUUUGCAAUUUGUGAGAAGUGUUGCAAUUUCUUUGAUA